UCCCUCUCCGUACUGUUAACGGGACGCUGAUGUUUCCUAUGUUUGGUUGCUAACAGCAGUGUGAGGUUCAGGAUCAGGAUCUCCUGGGAGCUACAGAGGAAAAGACACUCAGAAUGUCUCGAGAGCAGAAGGCUGUGGAGCGCGCCAGGAAGGCAUUUUCCACCGGCCGCAGUAAACCACUGGAAUACCGCAUUGCUCAGCUGAAGAAUCUGCAGCGCUUUGUUACGGAGAGGCAAAAGGAAAUUGCAGAUGCUCUUCAAAAGGACCUCCACAAGAGUGAGUUUUGCACCCCUCUUCAUGAAACGUUGGGUCUGGAAGGAGAGAUCAACUUGGCUGUGAGUAAACUGGCUGAGUGGGCUGCUCCUCGACCAGCGACCAAAAACCUGCUGACCCUUUCAGAUCAGGUGUACAUUCAGCCGGAGCCGCUGGGAGUGGUGCUCAUUAUAGGAGCCUGGAACUACCCAUGGGCCGUCACCAUCCAGCCCCUGGUUGGAGCCAUUGCAGCAGGUAAUGCUGCUGUUAUUAAACCAUCUGAAGUGUGUGUUCACACUUCCAAGGUGAUGGAGGAUCUCCUGCCAUUGUACAUCGACAAGGAGAUGUACCCUGUGGUUGUUGGUGGAGUUCCAGAGACUCAGGAGCUGCUUAAGCAGCGCUUUGAUCACAUCUUCUACACUGGCAACUGCGCAGUGGGCAAGGUGAUCAUGGAGGCAGCCGCUAAACAUUUAACACCUGUUACUCUGGAGCUGGGAGGAAAGAGCCCCUGUUACAUCGAUAAGAACUGUGACCUAGCCGUUGCCUGUCGGCGUAUUGCGUGGGGGAAAUACACAAACUGUGGUCAGACUUGCAUCGCCCCAGACUACAUCCUGUGUGACCCCAGCAUUCAAGACAGAGUGGUUGAAGAGAUCAGAAAGAGUGUGAAGGAUUUCUACACUGAAAAUCCCAAGAACUGUCCAGAUUACGGACGCAUCAUCAACCAGCGCCACUUCAAGCGAGUGAUGGCAUUGAUUGAAGGCAGCACUGUGGCUGUAGGAGGAGAAAAUGAUGAGUCACAAUGCUACAUUGCCCCUACAGUCCUCAGAGAUGUGAAGCCUCAGGCGAAGGUGAUGCAGGAGGAGAUCUUUGGGCCCCUGUUGCCCAUCCUGAGUGUCAGCAGUGUGGAGGAGGCCAUCAAAUUUAUCAACGAGAGAGAGAAACCUCUGGCCCUCUACAUCUUCACUCAAGACAAUAAGCUGAUCCAGCGUAUGAUCGCGGAGACGUCUAGUGGUGGAGUGCUGGCCAAUGACUGCUUGGUCCACUUCUCAGUCAGCUCUCUGCCGUUUGGUGGUGUUGGCAACAGUGGGAUGGGCAGCUAUCAUGGAAAGUUCAGCUUUGACCAGCUGAGUCACCUGAGGGGCUGCCUCAUCAAGCAGCUGAAAAUGGAGGGCAUGAACCAAGUGCGCUACCCACCACACACAGCCAAGAAGAUAGGCUGGGCUCGCUUCUUCAUCCUCAGACAGGUGGAGCUGAGCAAACUGGGUAUCGUGGCUCUACUGGGCGUGCUGGCUGUUGUUGCUGCAGUUAUGCUACAGAGAUACUUUGAUUAGUAAAAGAGCGAAGUUGUAUGCUGAAAGUUUACCUCAGAGGGUGAAGAAAACUACAACAACCAGAUAGGAUUUUGGUCACAUAGUGGUCUGUAUCCCUGCUUAAGUGCUGCUCCACUCCCCAGCCUUAAUCUGAAACUGCAAACGGUGUUGAUCCCAGCCAUUGUAAAUCACCUCUCAUAUAUAACAAUGCUGCAACUAAUGAAGGAUGUGAGAUUGGUUAAUAUUCAUAGCACUUUACUCUGUGAUGAUUUUCUUUUACAUCCUUUAGCUCUGACUGACUGAAGUACAAUUUCUUUUUAUUUUGUUUUUAAAUAUAAAUAGUUUUUAAUGAAGGAAAAGAAAGAAACAUUUCACUUUUGCUUCAGAGCUCUUCCGUUGUAGCAUCACGCAUCACAGUGUUUCUACAUACACACAAUAAUCAUGCGUAAUAUCACUGUCCAAGUGUGCAUUUCAAGAGGGCUUAGUAUAAGUAACAGGUUUUUGUUUUGUUUAUUGAAGUGGUCAUAAAACUGUGAGAUUCUUUUCUGCUUGCAGUGCAGGGACCAAGUUGUUGAUUGAGUACAGUAUAGGCAAUACACUAUAUCAAUAUAGCAAUGAUUGUUUUUAUUGUUUUCUAAAAUGUCAUGUAAAGUAAAAUGUUUAAAGCUAGAAAAUCAUGUAUGCUCACGCAGCAGGUACAACAGUGGUAAAGAUGUUUUUAGUCUGAUCCAGCUGUCUUUUUAAUGUGAACUAUAUGCAUCAUUUGUCUGAACAGUUGUUCAUAAAAUGUUCCUAAAUUGACAUGCUUGUGCAAAAUAGCAGUGCUUUACAUCAGGUUUUAGUUUAAUCUCUUCCAGCAUCACAGAGCUGUUAACAUCACAGUAUUCCACAGUCUGACAGCUAAGCCUAUCGCCCAAUCAGGGAGUGUUGAACACUAGACCUCCUAAUUUAGUUUAAACAGAGACAUCACCCCAAAAAUAUAUGAUUAUAAUGUUACCUCUCUGUACUGCCACUCAAAACCACCCUCACUGCUAUCAGUGAUGUUGUUUACGAUAAAAUCUAAUUUUAUCUUUAGUUUUAUUGUCACAUCUGAUUAACACAAGGGCAGAAACACAAUAAAUAGAAAUAUAGAAAAUCUAGAAUUUCUUUAAUAUCUAUUCUGCAUUGUUGAAGAUAUAUAAAAUAUCUAAAACUAUAGAUAUACAGUUGUAUACAUCGCUAUUUACAUAUAAACAACUGGAUAAUAUGUGACAGAGUGAGUGGGAGAAAAGUGUUGGUGGGUGCAGGGUGCAUAGUGAGUUUGUGCAGGGGUUGAGAUGUGGUAACUUAUUGGUGAGAUAAGCCCUAUCCGGAUGGGAUUAUUUUCUCAGGGGGAUGUCUGUAAAAAAUAUUUCACACUUCUACUCAGUGAUAAAACUCUUGCAUAUGGACUGCUAUUGAAAUAACAGGGGGACCAGUGAGUUUUUUUUGGCUUUCUCGGUCACAGUUUUUUGGCUUAUCACGUUCAGUAGCUCCUCCAUUUCCACUCUCCGUGGAAACACGCACCCAAAAUGUAAUUAUGGUGCGUGGCAGUGGACAAAUAGCUAUUUUAUUAAACACGAUGUGACGAAACUCAGAGAUCUGCGUCCGGACGGGACCAAAAUUACGGGAAUUUUCAGAAAAACACAUACAUGGUUGUUCCGGACAAGAUUAAAAUUACAGAGGACCCCCCAUAAAAAAGAAAUUUACCCCAUGACUCCCUGAGAAACUAAUCCCAUCCAGAUAGGGCUAUAGAUGAAAAGAGUUUAUGGUGGACUGUGGACUGAACACUGCUACUGGCUGUUUAACAGUUAUUAGAUAUGUAUCAAACACUGCAUAUGAAAAUUUUAAUUGAAAAUAUCAGAUUCGGUGUGUUUGAGCCAUUUACACACAUAUCUGUGUCACGCAUGACAAGAAAAAAAACGGAUUUGGGUCUUUUUUUACCCGUUCUGUGAAUGUAGAGCUGAGUAUUUCCAAACCCAGAUGAUUAAAGCACUGCUUCUUCUAACUUGAAAAUGAUUAUCAUCUAAUUACUCGACCCUUGACAGGGUUAAUAGUGUUGGUGUUAAAGCAGUAGGAACACUAAACUGUGCAGUAGUGUGGUCUUUGUCUGCAGUUGCUCAUAGCAAUGUCCUGAUCUGAUAUGCAAGUAAUAGGCUUCGUGAACAUUAAGGAGAAGUUUCCCAGACAGAGAUUAAGCCUAGUCUUGGACUACACAGCAUUUUUGGAAUGAAUAUAAUAUUUAAUAUAGGACUAGGAUUAAUCUUUGCCUGAGAGACUGACCCUAAAAGACAUAUCAUAGAUAUCAUAGGAAAGUAAAUAGCUUCCUUUAUUGGAAAAAAAACAAACCUUCACAGGAUUCAAAGCAUACAAUUUGGUCCUUAGUCCAUAUAUGGAAAAUAAGUCAGAUUUACUGACAUGGACAGAUUACCAUCCAUUAAAAUAAAGACGAUUUGGUUUGUGAUUUUUUUUAGGUGCAGGGUCAGAUGUCAUUUCAGAAGUGGUUUCUCAAUGUAAUUUUUUUUAUUUUUAUUAUUUAGUAACAGUAUCAGGUAAGUAAGUGCCAUACAGGUUGGUUCACAUGCUCAAAUGUAUCAUCAAACAAGAACAUAAACACAAAAUGUCCACUGGGCUGCUCAAAAAAUCUGUGUUAGCAGGACCAGCUUUACAGGAAAAACUACAGUUCUUACAUUACUACCUGUUUGCUACAUUUUAACUAUUCCCAGAAAACAAUAUUUUCUUUAGAAAAUUUAGAGAUGUGCUUUAAAAAAGGACUAAAGGAAGAAGAGAGGCUGGAAAAUGGUAAUACAAAUAAUUGCUUAUAAACUGUUCUUGUUUUAAGAGACAAAAAUAUAACUGGACCUCAGGGGAAAAAGUGAAAGAAAUGGAUAAAACACAUAGGACUCUCUACUGCGUAUGAAGUAUCACUUGAUUGGGACAGCCCUAGUCAACAACCAGUGCAGAUGUAAUGCUCUUUAUUUCUGUUAAUUAAAUGUACCUGUUAUGAAUGUCAGAAACUGUAUUGUAAAAGAAAAUGAAAUGAAACUGCAUUCCUAUUGUCUUUUUUUUUUCACAUUUUAAACCUCAUUUAAACGACUGAUUUUGAUUAAGUGAAUUUUAUGAAGCUGCAAAGGCAUUUUUACCUGUAAAAUAAAUGUAA